GAAGCUAAGGCCUGAGGACACCCUGAGCCCAGAGUUUGUGGAGAGCCUGACGGGUGACUGAGGCUGAGGAGAGGGAAGGACAGUGACGAGCUGGUGUCCAGGGCCCCGCGCUCUCGGGGCGCGGUGGGAGGCUUCUGAGGGUGAUCGAGGAGCUUCCUGCCACAGGAGGUCGGGCCGGGCCUGGGAGAAAGAAGGAAUGAGAAACGGUGACGGCCCCGGGUCCACCUAGUGACGGCCCUACCGUGUGAGUUGAAUGUAGCGGCCGGGAGACAGCCGUCCGCCCGCUCCGGUGAGACCGCUGGGUUUAGAAGAGAAACAACAUCCCAGACUCCAGAGGAACAGAGGUGCUUUAUAGAAAGCAUUGCUUCCAUAACUGUGCCAUGUUAUUGACUCCACAAUACAGUGUCUUUUUAAGGGGCUUGCAGUCUUUAAGUUAUGUCAUUUACUCUUCCAAGGAACUUUCUGUAUGUUUUAUAAAGCAAUGGGAAAUCCAGAAAACGUAGAAGAUGCAUAUGUUGCUGUUAUUCGUCCAAAGAAUACUGCCAGUCUCAACUCCCGGGAAUAUAGAGCUAAGUCCUAUGAAAUUUUAUUGCAUGAAGUUCCCAUUGAAGGACAAAAAAAAAAGAGAAAGAAAGUUUUGCUGGAAACCAAACUUCAAGGCAACAGUGAAAUAACACAAGGCAUUCUGGAUUAUGUAGUAGAAACUACCAAACCAAUUUCUCCUGCAAACCAGGGAAUCAGAGGAAAACGAGUGGUACUAAUGAAGAAAUUUCCCCUGGAUGGAGAGAAGAUAGGCAGAGAAGCAGCAUUAUUUAUUGUUCCAUCAGUUGUCAAAGAUAAUACUAAAUAUACUUACACUCCAGGAUGUCCAAUUUUUUACUGCUUGCAAGAUAUUAUGAGAAUUUGUAGUGAAUCCAGUACUCACUUUGCAACACUUACAGCAAGGAUGUUAAUAGCCUUGGAUAAGUGGUUAGAUGAACGACAUGCACAGUCUCAUUUUAUUCCAGCUUUAUUCCGACCUUCUCCUCUUGAGAGAAUAAAAACUAAUGUCAUAAAUCCUGCAUAUGCUACUGAAUCAGGUCAGACAGAAAACUCACUACACAUGGGCUAUAGUGCUCUAGAAAUAAAGAGUAAAAUGUUAGCCCUAGAGAAAGCAGAUACCUGCAUUUACAACCCUUUGUUUGGAUCAGAUCUUCAAUAUACAAAUCGGGUAGAUAAAGUGGUAAUAAAUCCAUACUUUGGUCUAGGAGCUCCAGACUACUCAAAAAUCCAAAUUCCCAAGCAGGAAAAAUGGCAGAGAAGCAUGAGCAGUGUCAUGGAAGACAAAGAGCGACAGUGGGUAGAUGAUUUUCCUCUCCAUCGAAACGCUUGUGAAGGAGAUUCAGAAUUACUAAGCCAUCUUCUCAGUAAGGGAUUUUCAGUAAACCAACUAGAUAGUGACCACUGGGCACCCAUUCAUUAUGCAUGCUGGUAUGGAAAAGUUGAGGCCACUCGUAUAUUAUUAGAGAAAGGCAAGUGUAAUCCAAACCUUUUAAAUGGCCAGCUUAGCUCACCUCUUCAUUUUGCUGCUGGAGGAGGACACGCUGAAAUAGUACAGAUUCUCCUAACCCACCCAGAGAUUGACAGACACAUAACAGACCAACAAGGAAGAUCUCCAUUAAAUAUUUGUGAAGAAAGUAAACAAAAUAACUGGAUAGAAGCUGCAAAAUUGUUGAAGGAAGCCAUUAACAAACCAUAUGAAAAGGUUCGAAUUUACAGAAUGGAUGGAUCGUAUCGUUCUGUUGAACUGAAGCAUGGAAAUAAUACCACAGUACAGCAGAUAAUGGAAGGAAUGCGUCUCUCUCAAGAAACUCAGCAGUAUUUCACUAUUUGGAUCUGUUCAGAAAACCUUAGCCUUCAGCUCAAGCCUUAUCAUAAACCAUUGCAACAAGUUCGUGACUGGCCAGAAAUACUUGCUGAAUUGACUAAUUUGGAUCCCCAAAGAGAAACACCACAGCUUUUUCUAAGAAGAGAUGUGGGACUUCCUUUAGAAGUUGAGAAAAAGAUUGAAGACCCACUAGCUAUUCUCAUUCUCUUUGAUGAAGCCAGAUAUAAUUUCUACUGUUGCAAAUAGUUUAUGGGAAUUAUGAGAGUAAGAAACAUAAACAAGGUUUCUUAAAUGAAGAAAAUCUAAAAUCCAUUGUACCUAUUACUAAACUGAAAAGUAAGGCACCUCACUGGACGAAUCGAAUACUUCAUGAAUACAAGAAUCUUAGUACAAGUGAGGGUGUCAGUAAGGAAAUGCAUCACCUGCAGCGCAUGUUCUUACAGAACUGUUGGGAAAUUCCGACAUAUGGAGCAGCUUUUUUCACAGGACAGAUAUUUACAAAGGCAAGCCCCAGCAAUCAUAAAGUCAUCCCUGUGUACGUAGGAGUGAAUAUAAAGGGACUUCAUCUUCUCAACCUGGAAACUAAGGCUUUACUCAUCAGUCUUAAGUAUUGCUGUUUUACAUGGCAAUUAGGAGAUGCUGGUACUUGUUUUCAGAUCCAUAGUAUGGAAAAUAAAAUGAGCUUUAUAGUACACACAAAACAGGCUGGUCUUGUUGUAAAACUGCUAAUGAAGUUAAAUGGACAGUUGAUGCCCACUGAAAGAAAUUCGUGAAGGAAAGUAGCUGGUACUCAAGCCACCUCAUUUUGUAAUGCAGAGUUUUUUCCAUGAAAGAUUUCUUAAAAAGUUACUAUUAACAAGGCAUUUAGUAUCUUGUAAUAUAUAUGUAUGCUAUUACAUACACUGUACAGAAUCUGUACUUAUGUUUGGUGUGGAAUAUACCAAUUAGUUUUAUAUGAUAUGCUCAUGAGCUAUUCUAAUUUUUGAGAGAAACACAUAAACAUAGAGAGUGACAGUCUGUAUCAUAUUAGACAAAAUAGUAAGCUUUAUAAAGUUAUUUUGAUAAAUGGUAAAGAAUUUAGAAUAGAAUGUGAUGAAAUUAAGAAUAUAGCUUUGAUAUAUCUGUGUUAAUUCAAAAUAUACUGAAAAUGAACAUGAUUUGAAUAAAAUGUAUUUUCUACUUGGA